CUCAACUGUGGCAUUUUGAAAUAGUUUUGGUACAUGAGUACUAAACAAUACCCGUUUAACCAGUCUACUUUCGGUUUGCAAGGUAAAGGAUGUCCCUGCAGCUGGACGAUGAGCUGUCCUGUUCAAUAUGUCUGGAGCUGUACCGCUCUCCACUCACCCUGCCCUGUCUCCACAGCUUCUGCGCUGAGUGCUUGAGUGAACUAGCCCAAGGUUCAAACAGACCAACCCUAACUUGUCCCCAAUGUCGAGCUGACAUACAGAUUCCGGGCGGGGGAGUUGCAAACUUCCCUAAAAAUUUCAAUUUGGAGAGCAUCGUACAAAAAGUCAAACAUCACAGAGAACAAAGAGAGCCCCAGUCACAUGUGAAGUCUGAGGGUCUGGACGACGAAUUUUGCUAUCAGGAUCCAGAGCCCCCAGAUUGGAGAGUCCCGCCGCUGCCUCAGGACCAUUGUUUUCCGCCGCCUCCAGGUCCUGGACAUCGUUUUCCCCCACCCCCGAGGUUUCACCACCGUCACCAUGGCCCCCGGUGGCCACACCAUCACCCUACGGGGUGUGACGGGAAGCCAUUCCACUCACCCCACGGACCGCGACAGAGACACCCACACGGUCCUCCCCCGCGGCAUCAUCAUGGCCACCCCCAUCAUCCUCCACCCUGGCACCACCCGAGAGGACCACCGCCAUAAUUAAGGAUUUUUUUUAUGUAGUUAUAUUAUACUUGAUAAUACUUUAACAGUUAUAAUC